UCGAGUGCAAACGUAGUCUGUUCUAUGAAACGCAACUUAGUCCGGCUUUAUGAUUUAGUCCUGUUUUUACGCCGACUACCCUUACGUCUGGUCGUAGGCCUCUUUGUGAAACGGCAGAUUCAAGUUUUAAAAUCAUAAACCCCGGAGGUAGGAUGGGACCACGAUAGGGGAUCAAAGUUUUACAUGCAAAUAUAUAGAGAAAAUCUUUAAAAAUCUUCUUCACUUGCAAGAACCAUUCGGCCAGAAAAAUUUACAUUUACAGGAAAGCUUCUUGACAUAGUGUAGAUUCAAGUUUAUUAAAAUCAUGCCCUCUGGGGUAGGAUGGGGCCACAAUAUGGGAUCAAAGUUUACAUACAGAUGCAUAGAGAAAAUCUUUAAAAAUCGUCUUCUCAAGAACCACUGGGCCAAAGAACUCUACAUGAACAUGAAAGCUUCCUUAUAUAGUGCAGAUUCAAAUUUGUAAAAAUCAUGGUCCUUAGGAGUAGGUUGGGACCACAAUAGGGAUCAAAGUUUUAGAUGCGAAUAUAUAAGGAGAAUUUUUAAAUAUGGGCCAAGGUGACCCAGGUGAGUGAUGUGGCCCAUGGGCCUCUUGGGGUUUUUUUUGUAUUGUUUUUUGUAUUUUUUUUUUUUUUUUUUUUUUUUUUUUACUAUUAUUUUGUAGCUAUAGUCUCUCUGAAAUGCGCGGAUUCUCUGACCAUCCCAAUUUCGAUAUCUGUAAAUGUUUCACGUUUUUUGUAAGCUCUAGAGAUUGGCCUUCUACUGGUAUAAUAAAUACCAGCCAGAGAGAGUGGGUUCAGAUUCUUUUGAAAACUUUACACUUCUUUUAUCUUCUGUACUUUGCAAAUUCUGAAUUUUCAAGAUUUGUUCUUCUUGAAACCAGCAUUAAUAGGCUACCUAUCUUUAGUUUGGUUGUGACAUUUCGUUAUUACUUACAUGUAUAAUAGAAAUUCAUUUUGAUGUUAUAAAAACUAUAUACUUUAUGUAAUUCAUAACCUUAGGAGAGAGAGUCCCCUAACAUUUGGUGCAGAAGUAUCGUAAGAGUUUAUAGCCAGAUCCUAUGCAUGCAAUAUAUUCUUUUUAUGUCACUUGAGUCGCGUGGGUGACCUAUUCCUAUAAUUGCCUGUUCAUCAUCAUCAUCAUCGUCCUUCAUGCAUUGUUAACUUUUGAAUAUUUUUUUUUUUUUUACUAAUUCUCAGAAACUGCAUGGCCAAUGUUCACCAAAAUAUGCUAUGGCUCAUCAUUUGGAGUAGGGGAACAAAAACUUAAUCCCAUUGGUCCCUGGCCUUUUAGGGCUUCAAGGAUAGGGCUGAAACCUUCAGAAAUAGUACACAACCUUUUUUAAAAAAUGUUUUAUACUACUCACAAGAGCAUCUCAAUCUAAUUAAAAUUAGACUUGUGUAUCCGCUCCUCUACGAUACGCUUCAAUUCUCAAUCUAAUUAAAAUUAGACUUGUACAUAUCCGCUCCUCUACGAUACGCUUCAAUUCUCAAUCUAAUUAAAAUUAGACUUGUACAUAUCCGCUCCUCUACGAUACGCUUCAAUUCUCAAUCUAAUUAAAAUUAGACUUGUACAUAUCCGCUCCUCUACGAUACGCUUCAAUUGAAGCGUAUCGUAGAGGAGCGGAUAUACAAGUCUAAUUUUAAUUAGAUUGAGGAGCAUCUUAUCCGUUCUGUUCUCUAUCACACAUGUAUUUAUAUAUGUGUGAUAGAGAACAGAGCGGAUAAGAUGCUCAUGUGACCGAAUGUUGAGAUUUCCGCAUGCUAAUACUCUCGCCACACUUUGUAUUUAUACCCGAUGAAACAUCAAUACGUAUUGUGAUGUAACAGUAGCUAACUCCAAAGUCCAGUUCUUUGAUAUAGACCUACACAUAUAGAUACUGAAAUCCAAUACACCAUAGAUCGUAAGUGUUGCGAACUUAAUUAUCGUGCAGCUUUGGUAAACAUCUGUCUCCUAUUCUGCAAAAUGAAGAAUUUUUAUCGGUAAACAAACUGAAUAUAAUUAAUUUAGUGCUGUGCGGCUUGUAAGUACGCGCUCAAAAUCAGAAGAGGCAGAGUUCGCUCAGGGGAUUGUAUUUUGACAAGUCAGUGUCCUGAUAAACAUGAAGUCUGGACUCUGUGAUGAAUCUUUUGCCAAAAAGUGCAAAGUUCAGUACAUUGGAUUCUUGACGGCUUUUCUCUCCACCAUUUUCUUCUUCACGUCAUACAGGAUAGAAAUGGUACAUAAGGAAACCUGGACAGUCCCUUUGAUGAAAGAGAACUCCCACGAUAAACACUCAUUUAUUCCAAGCAACAAAGGAAACGAAACACUCCUAAUGGUUGUUGACUACAGGGAAGAAACGGCUAGAAUCAGCCAUAAUGGAACAAGAGCCAAUGACCCAUAUCUGAUAGAGUUGAUUCGUAAAUACUGGAUCAGACCUCCUCCCACUGGACCCUAUAAAUUCAAGUCGACAAGGACAGACUACUCCACCCAUGGCCAGUCACUUGUUAUUGACAGCACACUAAAGAAUAAAGAAGGUGGAUUUUAUGUGGAAUGCGGAGCUUGUGAUGGAGAAUUUCAAUCAAACACUCUCUACUUAGAGUUGAGGAGAAAGUGGACAGGUUUACUGAUAGAGCCCAAUAGAAACAACUACAGGGAACUUCUGAAGACCAAUCGAAGGGCAUAUUACAUCAAUGCUUGUCUCAGCCCUUAUAACCACCCCGCUGUGAUGAAGUUCAAAGAGGAUUGGGCAGUUGGACAUCUAGAAGAAAAACCAGGGUCUAAAACAGUUGAUGUUCAGUGUUUUCCAUUCUAUUCUAUUCUUUUGGCCUUAGAGAUCAGUCAUAUAGAUGCUUUUAGUUUAGAUGUUGAAGGGGCAGAGGUGUUGAUUUUGGACACAGUGCCAUUCGAUAAAGUGGACAUAAGCAUGAUGAAUGUUGAAUAUCAGCAUGUCAAAGGUGGACCCGGUUUUCUACAGCAAUACUUGGAAGGCAAAGGCUAUGUCACUGUCAAGAAAGUGUUCAGGGAUCUCAUUGUGAAGAGGAAAGGGUUGAACUAAACAGUUUGCUUUUAGCUCACCUUGACAACACUUUGUUUGCUGCAUGUAACCCGUAUUUUAUGAUAAAGUUAUCACUCAAAUUUUGGGCCCCAUAUAACUAAAAAAUAAAAAGAAACAAGAUGAGAUUGUGAAACACUGAUGCCCUCGGAUGGCAUCGUUGCAAACCACGAGAUGAUUGUUUCAUUCCAUUCCACCAUCGCAAAUCACGGGUUAAUGAACAAUAACCCGUGGUUUGCAACGAUGCCGGCCAGCAGCAAGUAGUUUUGUGGUUGUUUGGGGUAUAUAUUAUGUUGUGUCUCCUAUAAAUGAUUUCUGAUUGUAUAUCUACAUUUUCCAAAAUGAUGCCAGUAAUAAAUCUUUGAUGUUUCA